AUGGUACUCAAUGGUAGAGCUAGCCGACCAAGUCAGUCAGUCUCUUGCAGACCGCUGGCAGUCUGGCCCACCGACUGUGACGCCUGUACCAUUGCGCCCGCCUCGGCUGGCCGGGUUAGCUCGAAAGACAGCCUUCCUCUGGGGCCACAUUCGCCGGUGCACCAGCGAUUUGCGUCCUCCGGCAGGGUUCCCAGCCUAGGCACGACCGUGUUGGCUCUGUCGCGAAGUGUGCCCUUUGAGCCGAAUUCCGACUGCCUGGCCGCCCAAGGCUGGCAGUCGGGCGGUCGAACCCAGCUACCGCUGGCUCCGGGCUAUCAGAGGACGCCGCUUUCAGCACCAACAUUGCGCAGACGAACUCAGCUUCUGCGACAAGUCCCCAAUCCGCCUCAUUCGGGCGUGGCGAGCGGUAAAAGCAUCGGAGGGCUUGUCUCUCGCGGCUCGACGCACAACUUAAGACCGGCUCAUCCACAAUUGCCCGAUCGGUCGACUCGCCCUGCCGCACAGCCCAGGACUCGGCUCCUCCGACAACCCUGGUCCUCGUCGUCUUCCAUCUCUUCUGUCUCCUCCUCCGCGUUCUCGACCAACUUGCCCCCAACCUCUUGCCAACCACUUUACCUGACCGGUCACAAAACGCCUUGCCCGGCCCCGACUCAUCUCUUUGCACCUCCUCCCUCCCCCACGCAACCUCCGAUCCUGCCCUAUUCUGCUCGGUCGGUCUGUCAUCGUGGCACUGUCGGCCCAUCGUGUCGACUGGCCGGAAACACGCCGGCUCCUACGCCUGCCUUCGCAUCCCCCUCCUCCUCGUCGCCUUCGCUACCCGGCUCCUUCCAUUCGAAACAUGCUCCUUCUUCCUCCCUCGUCAAUGGGACUUGCAAGCCACAUGCUCGGCCUGUCGCCUCGACUCCGCUUCCUGACGUCAUGACGACCGUUGACUGCACACUACCCUCCCGACGGUGGCUGCCGGCCGAUGGUGUCAACGGUUAUGGCGUCCGUUGGCUCGGGGCAUUCGAUCGGUCGGACAGUUCGCGAAGUCCGAUCUCUUCGCAGGCUGGUGCAUCCUUUCUUCGACUUCCGGCGGCUGUUCGUCGUGCGCAGACAAUUGAUGAACUUAAACGGAUGAAUGCACAAGGCAUCCGUGAGUUCACAGAGCCUGAAGGCGGUUUCAUGCUGAUUUGCAUCCCUUCACAAAAAGGGAUUCGUCAAACAACAUACGUCUGGAAAUAG